AUGGAUACGCCUCAGAAGAGUAUUACCCAGAUCGGAACUCCAAUUUCUAAAUCCAAAUUCGAGGAUUCUCCAGUAUUCAACUACAUAAACAGUUUGUCUCCGAUAAGACCAGUCAAAUCAAUCCCAAUUCCUCACCCAUUUAGCUCUCUCAGUUUCACUUCCCCCCCUUCUGUUUUCACUUCACCACACCUAACUUCUUCUCACAAAGAAUCCAGAUUCUUCAAAACUCAUCACUCUUCUUCUCACCUUACCAAUCCCCUCGAAUCACGACCCGAUUCUACGUCUAACGAACAGGCUGUAGCAGAAACUACUAAAGAUUUCAACAUAGAUGCUUCUACAAGAGAUGAAUCUUCAAUUGAAGUUGCUCCUGAUGAUCCCGUUGCUUCACCGUGUGGCGAAGAUACCACCGAUCUUUCGCUUGUUCCAUACUCUCCUCCUCGAGGAGAGAAUUGUUCAUCUGAUGAUGCAGGAAUGGAGUUGCAGAAGAUGUAUGAUAAUGUUCAGGGGAAAAACCAAACUCCGGAUUGGGAAAGUUUGAUUUCAGAUGCUUCUGAGCUUUUAAUCUUCGGUUCACCUAAUGAUUCAGAGGCUUUUAGAUGCCUUAUGAUGCAGAGAGCAUCAACAUCCGAAGCAAUGACAAACAAUGAACCGGAGUCCUCGGAUGCAAUUCCUUAUGAGGCUGCUUCAAUCUUGCACCGCGGUAUGAGAAGACGAUGCUUGGACUUUGAGAUGCCGGGAAAUAAGCAAACAUUGAGUGAGAACAACACCACGGUGGCUUUUGAAUCAUCGUCGAGAUGUGUUGUACCGAGUAUUGGUCUUCAUCUAAAUGCCAUUGCAAUGUCCUCAAAGGACUGUAAAACCAAUGUUACUCAUGAUUACUCUGGGAAGAUACAAGUGGGUUUACAAGGCUCCACCUCUACAAUGCAAGAAUCUUUGGACCAAACAGAAAACGAAACCCGAGAAGAUGCAGAUCAAGUUUUAGAAGAUGUUCUCGAAGAACCAGCUUUAGCAGAGUUGAAUCUAAGCAGCCCUAAGAAGAAGAGGCUGAAAUUGGAAGCUGGAGAAGGCGAGUCAUGUAAGCGAUGCAACUGCAAAAAGUCCAAGUGUUUGAAACUUUACUGUGAAUGCUUUGCUGCUGGAGUCUAUUGCAUAGAGCCAUGUUCAUGUGUAGAUUGUUUCAACAAGCCUAUUCAUGAAGAUACAGUCUUGGCUACUCGCAAACAGAUUGAAUCUCGGAAUCCGCUUGCAUUUGCUCCUAAAGUCAUUAGGAGCUCUGAUUCGGUUCAAGAAACCGGGGAUGAUGCAAGCAAAACUCCAGCUUCUGCGCGCCAUAAACGUGGUUGCAACUGCAAGAAAUCAAACUGUCUGAAGAAAUACUGCGAAUGCUAUCAGGGUGGUGUGGGAUGUUCCAUAAACUGUAGAUGUGAAGGAUGUAAGAACGCAUUCGGCCGCAAAGAUGGGUCUUCCGUUGCUGACAUGGAAGCCGAACUAGAGGAGGAAAGUGAAACAAUUGAGAGAAGCAGAACAGCCCAAACUCACCAGAACACUGAGGUAUUAGUGAACAAGGAGGCGAGUUCUGCUCUACCGAUGACACCAAUGCCGAUUUACAGACAACAAUUAGUUCAACUACCUUUCUCAUCAUCUAAGAACAUGAUGCCUCCACCACAACAGUCUCUUCUUGGAGGUGGAUCUUCCUCGGCGAUAUUUAACAGUCAAUAUUUAAGAAAUCCAGACAUCACUUUGACUCAGUCCCGGGAUGAGAAGUCAUUCGAGACAGUAGCAGAGGAUGGAGGUGAAGAAAUGCCUGAGAUUAUCAUCCACUCUCCUAAAGCUAACAUCAAGACUCUCUCUCCCAACAGCAAGAGGGUUUCUCCUCCUAAUCUGGACUCAUCGAGCUCAGGUUCAAUCUUAGGGAGAAGAAGUAGCGGGAGGAAACUGAUAUUGCAGUCGAUUCCAUCGUUUCCUUCUCUCACUCCUCAAAACUGA